UAAAAACACAACUUACCACUCUUUCCCUAAGCAGCCUGAGGUAAUCUGUGAAAAUGGUUCGCUAUUCACUUGACCCGGAGAACCCCACGAAAUCAUGCAAAUCAAGAGGUUCCAAUCUUCGUGUUCACUUCAAGAACACUCGUGAAACUGCUCAGGCCAUCAAGGGUAUGCAUAUACGAAAAGCCACGAAGUAUCUGAAAGAUGUCACUUUACAGAAACAGUGUGUACCAUUCCGACGUUACAAUGGUGGAGUUGGCAGGUGUGCGCAGGCCAAGCAGUGGGGCUGGACACAAGGUCGGUGGCCCAAAAAGAGUGCUGAAUUUUUGCUGCACAUGCUUAAAAACGCAGAGAGUAAUGCUGAACUUAAGGGUUUAGAUGUAGAUUCUCUGGUCAUUGAGCAUAUCCAAGUGAACAAAGCACCUAAGAUGCGCCGCCGGACUUACAGAGCUCAUGGUCGGAUUAACCCAUACAUGAGCUCUCCCUGCCACAUUGAGAUGAUCCUUACGGAAAAGGAACAGAUUGUUCCUAAACCAGAAGAGGAGGUUGCCCAGAAGAAAAAGAUAUCCCAGAAGAAACUGAAGAAACAAAAACUUAUGGCACGGGAGUAAAUUCAGCAUUAAAAUAAAUGUAAUUAAAAGGAAAAAAAAAAAAAAAAAAAAAAAAACACAA